CUUUAGAACUACAUAAUCAAAAAACUGUAUGCAUACUUAUACAUACUGUAUGCAAGAUGGCUGCUGUCACGGACAAGUUUUACUCGAACAGUUGGUUGUAUCCCGAUGAUCAUUUUGCUCCUGGUGAACAUAAUUUGAAAUUUCAGCUUCGGGAUAAGAUCGGAAUACCAUGGGAUUUUUCCAAAUAUGAUUGGGAAAGAGGGUGUUCCGUUGCAGAUGCUGUUUUAAGAAUGAUUCUUAAUGAACUUCGAAAUCAGGCCCGUUUACAUUUCGAAGGUCUGGAAAUUCAUAGUGACUACAUUCGACAGGCGAGUGCUCGACAAGGAAUGAAAAUCAUAGCCCCAACUGAGUUUGAUGCCGUUAUCCCUUUUACGAUCAAAGGUCUUGACCUGCAGGAAAUUCGUUUGAGAGAUUUUUCUGAUCAGUAUCUUCCAGGUCAAAUACGGCUUCGUGUGGUAGAUGUUGCACAAAUUGACAAGUUUCCAGGCCUGAGAAGAGCAGGCGUGUUUGGAACGAAAUUUGGAACAUGCCUCAUCGACACCAAAGCUUUACAAGAGCAGGUUUUCAAAUCUCUAAUGGAUAAAGCUUUUCAUGCUCUGUCAUCGAUUCCAUAUGCUACAAAUACUUAUGACGUAACAAGAGGAUCCCGACCACCUACAAUGGACUUGAAAAUUCAGGACGACAUUUUGAAAGAAAUAAACGUUGACUUUGUUCCUGGAUUUAUUCUGGACAACGAAAAAAUAUCUAUUCCUGGAGCUGUAGUGUCAUCAUCCGAAGAAACACCUGUUGUCUUCCCAAGGUAUGGUCUCAUGAAAUGGAUUAACAAAGAAAAUAAAAACAUCGACGAGAAUGACAAAAAUUUCAUAUGGCGAAGUUGUUCGUCGUCAUAUGAAAGAUUCAUGUUCGAUCUAUGCGCUGUCAGCGAGGAAAGAUGCUAUAUCAGAACCGCGAGCCGCGUUAUGAAGGUAUUAGUAUUUAGACUGAGAGGGCGCCAAAACCAGGCGGCAAAUCUGUUGUCGUCAUACCACCUGAAAACCGUCGCCAUGUACUGCAUCCUUCUGCUAACCGUGCCUACGAAGCUGACGUCACCGGGUUAUUGCCUUAGCGGGGUCCGCGAGGCUUUGGGAUACUUUCUGUCAUUUUUGAAGUCAGUACUAGAGAAAAAAUUUCUACCAGAUUUUUUCCUAGGAAACGAACACCUGGAUAAAAUUUUCCCGGGGUCGUAUUUCUCCAAAAUUCGCAUCAAGUACAACUUAUUCGACAAAGAAAACCCCGCACUCGUGGAACAGGCGCAAUUCGGUUUUCCUGAAUUUGAGAGAGUCCUUUCUGGGUGUUUUGACGCCGGGAAUCUGAACCCUAAAGUUGUCAACUUUUUUAGAGACAAGACACUUAACAUGUAAGAGGAAUAUCAACGCGUUCAUGUUGCAACGUAUCAUAUGUUGAGCAUGUACAGAAGUUCACAACGUAAAACCAAAACAAUUAUAACAUUCAUCUUUAAUUUAUUAGAUUUGAUGUAACAUGUUAAAAAUAAGUUUUUCCUACGUCAUUUGACCGCAUAAUUUCUUAAUCCGGACAAUUUGGUUGGGGACAGAGAAAAAAAGACCGGAUAACCAUCUAAUACUAGUAUACUGUAAACGUAGUAUAUUUAGCGUGUACGAUAUUUGGCGGAAUAUGAUUUUUAACAAGUUAGCGUGGAUUUGAUUUAGCGCAUUUCUGAUUGUACCUAUUUAUCUACUUAAUAUAUAUUUUACAUUUGGCGGUGUACUUGAUUUCGCGGACGGCGUUUUCGGCCAAUAACGCUAAAUAGAAUACACAGCCAAAUGCAAUACGUUUACUGU